CAAAAUCAUUCUCGCUUUUUUCAAUCAAGAACUUUUUGAAGCCGCUUAGACGGUUUUUUUAUAUUAAUAGUACAUCGUAUUAAUUAAUUAAACCUGUAUAGUAUGAAGUAAUCAAGUAAACUUUAAUUUAAAGGAAAAGUUAAUUGUUUUAAAAAGGGACACGUAUUGUUUCUGAACAAAAGGCAACGUGGUGGGAAAACAGAACCGAGGAAGAAAUCUUACUGCAAAUUGUUGAAUUAUAUUUGCAGAAAAAAAUAUGCAAAUAAAACAAAAAAUAUAUUAAACUAUAUGCAGAUUUAAUAGAAUUUAUUAAGUAAUAUAAACAAGAAAUCAUGUCUACAGAAGCACAAACCGCUGGGAAUGAGGUGGCUGAACAAAAUGGUGAAGCAAAUGCUCCCGUUGAAGGCCAAGCUGAUGGUCAACCGCAACCACCACCUGCAUCAAGAAUGGAGUCAUUCUUUGCCAUGACUAAAUCCUUGAUACUCCGCGCACUCAUUAUUUAUUUCGUCUCCUCCUUCUUCAGAAAAGGUACACCACCUGUCACAACUCCAAAUCAAAAAUCGCCCGCUGCUUCUGGUCCCAAAAUACACGCAUGGAAUUAUUUUGAAAAUGGCACUCUUUUUGAUUUGCACGUAUGGCUGUCGGAAAAUGCCGAUGACGUCAACUUCCAACAAACAUCAAAUUUACUCUGGCUUCAAGAAGAUCUAACAUACGGCGAUUGGAUAUCAGGACCAAAUCGCGAUGGUCAACAUUAUCAUCAAGUCACCGUUAAGGCUUCACCCAAACUAAUGAGCAAUGGUUCCGUUUACCUGCAUGCUUUCGUUACAAAGUCUGGCGAAUCACCGGAUCCAAAAGCGCCGAAUUUUGCCAAAAACGGUUUAAUGGGUUAUCAACAGAAGCAGCUGAAUAAAUUCAAGAAAAUACGUGUUAAUCGUAAUUAUAAUUUGUUGGCUAGCGAACAAGAGAAAUUGGCAUUUGAACUGGCCCAGGCUAAUUUGAAAGAUACAAUAGUAUCUCAUUGGCAUCCAAAUCUGACACUUAACGUUGUAGUAGAUCAAACAAACUGGGCGCAAGGUACAGUGCCUCCGCCAUUGGAUGAAUAUGUGAAAUUUGUUGAUGGCGGUAAAACGUAUUUGCCCAUUGUUUUUGUUAAUGACUACUGGAAUCUACAUCGUGAUUACUAUCCCAUCAAUGAGACAACCCCUGAACUACCAUUACAUUUGACUUUCCAGCCCAUUGGCAUGUUUAAAUGGCAAUUGUACGCUGCUCAACAAAUGAAAAAUAAAUUUGCCGGUAAUGUUUUGGGUGAACUAAUGGCAUCGGGUGGCGGCGAGGAAAAUGAUGAAGACCAAGAUUCCCUAAAAGAGACCAUGUUGGAGACAAAUAUAUAUCUUUUGGGUUUAACAAUAGCCAUCUCCAUAUUACAUUCAGUCUUUGAGUUAUUGGCCUUCAAAAAUGACAUACAAUUUUGGAAUAACCGUCAAUCUCUGGAAGGUCUUUCCGUACGCUCAGUAUUUUUUGGUGUUUUCCAAUCGCUUAUCGUUUUACUGUAUGUGCUAGACAAUGAAACUAAUUUCAUGAUUCGUGUAUCCUGUUUCAUUGGCUUGGGCAUUGAAGUCUGGAAAAUUCACAAGGUUGUCGAUAUCAACUACAAUACGGAUCAGAAAUUGUUUGGCGUGCUACCGAAAAUCUCCUUUAAGGACAAGGGCUCAUAUUCCGAAAGCGAAACCAAAGCAUACGAUAAUUUGGCAUUUAAAUAUCUGGGCUGGAUUUGUUUCCCCCUUCUAGUUGGCUAUUUUGUGUACUCCAUGGUUUAUAAUGAACAUAAAGGCUGGUAUUCCUUUUUGUUGAACAUGUUAUAUGGUUAUUUGCUGACAUUUGGCUUCAUUAUGAUGACACCACAAUUGUUUAUUAAUUACAAAUUGAAAUCUGUUGCCCAUAUGCCGUGGCGCAUGAUGACCUAUAAGUUCUUGAACACAUUUAUUGACGACAUAUUUGCAUUCGUUAUUAAAAUGCCCACUAUGUAUAGAUUGGGUUGCUUCCGUGAUGAUAUUGUAUUCUUUAUAUUCCUCUACCAACGCUGGCACUAUAGUGUUGAUCUUAAGCGUGUUAAUGAGUUUGGUUUCUCUGGUGAAAUGGCUGAGCAAGCUGCACAAAAGAAAUUGGAGGGUACCACACAAGCUCUUAAAGACACACCGAAAGAGGAAAAACCAGCGCCAGCUGCUAAACCCAAAUCGGCAGCAGAUAAAAAACAGGAUUAAUUUUAAGCAUUUCCUUUUUCUAGUAAAUGUAUAUUAAAUAAAACAAUUUUAUAUAGGUCAAGAGAUUUUAUUGAAAUCUUUUAUUAAACAUAAAAAAACAAAUGUAGUUCAUCUUUUUUAAAACAAUUAAUCUAAAUUCUUAUGUUCUCUACACUUUGUUGCUGUAGUUUUAUAAUUUGUUUAAACAUAUAAAAGAAAAUCUUUAUUUGUAAUUCCAUUAUUCUAUCGUUUCCUAAUUUAUAAAACAUUUGUAUUAUUUGUUGUUUGUUUAUUUAAUAAAAUAAUGAAUAUUGAAAGCAUAUCACAUUCAUUAUUUUAUGACUUCUAUAUACGGACUAUUCAAAAGACAAAACAGAGGAAAACAAAUUAAAAAAACCUACCACUAAUAUGUAUUGUAAUUUAUAAUGAUGGCUUUCUUUACAUGUUGUGUAUAAAUAAAAUAUAUUGAAAAUGAAUUUAAACAAAAAUAAAAUUAAUAUGAACUUACCCAA